AAAAGCUUCUGUUUCUAUCUUCGGCACAACUUAAAGGUAUGUCCUCCUUGUCAAGAAGAAAGCGAAAAUGUUGAAAAGUUUCAUACGUCGGAUAAUUUUUCUAUGUUUCUUUUUCAAUAUUGGUCGAGCCCAUUCGCAGAAAUUAUUAGAACUUGAGAAUAUUACAGAUAUUAUAAAACAUCUUCUCGACGGUUAUGAUGUUCGACUUCGUCCAAACUUUGGUGGAAAUCCUCUUUUUAUUGGAAUGGAUUUGCAAAUUGCAAGUUUUGACGCCAUAUCUGAAGUGAAUAUGGACUAUACUCUUACCCUUUAUUUGAAUCAAUACUGGCAAGAUGAAAGAUUGGCUUUUAGUUCUGAAUCAUAUGAACUUACUCUUUCUGGGGAAUUUGCUGCAAAAAUUUGGGUCCCAGAUACAUUUUUUGCCAAUGAUAAAAAUUCCUUUCUUCAUGAUGUUACAGAGAAAAAUAAAAUGGUCAGACUGGCCUCCGAUGGCAAAAUAAAAUAUGGAAUGAGAUUUACUACCACUCUUGCUUGCAUGAUGGAUCUGCAUUAUUAUCCACUGGAUUCUCAAAAUUGCACUGUUGAAAUUGAAAGCUAUGGAUAUACUGUUGAAGAUGUGGUUAUGUACUGGAUGAAAGAAGCUGUUAUUGGGGUUGAAAAAGCUGAGCUCCCACAAUUCUCAAUACUACGUUACGAAACUACAGAUCGUGAGGAACCAUUAGCUUCAGGCACUUAUCAGCGACUUUCGUUAAGCUUUGAAUUAAAGAGAAACAUUGGCUAUUUCAUUUUUCAAACAUAUUUACCCUGCAUCCUGAUUGUUAUGCUAUCGUGGGUAUCUUUUUGGAUCAAUCAUGAAGCUACAUCAGCAAGAGUUGCAUUAGGUAUAACAACUGUGCUGACCAUGACAACUAUAAGUACUGGUGUAAGAUCCUCACUUCCGAGAAUUUCAUAUGUGAAAGCAAUUGAUAUUUACCUUGUUAUGUGUUUUGUGUUUGUAUUUGCUGCGCUUCUUGAAUAUGCUGCAGUCAAUUAUACUUACUGGGGAUCUAACAGAGCAAAGAAGAAAGCCAAAAAAUUGAAGGAAUCUAAAACUCCUGAAGGUUGUAUGAAUGAAGAAAUAAUUGAGCUGCAGGAUGUUCGAGUGUCUCCAAUACCUUAUCUCCGCCGUAGAAACCAAACUUCUGCAUAUUCAUCGGACACUUAUUUUCCACCAUCCUUUCGGAGAACACGCUCACACUACUCCCAAGGUUUCAAUCGAAAAUCUUUAGAGCGUAAUUCUGAGAGGCACAAGAGGCCUUAUGUAUUGAGCAGCUUAAAGAGAGGAGCCAGUGCUUUAAGGGCUUCUAUGCCAAAAAUUAAAGACAUUAAUAAGAUAGAUAAAUUAGCUCGUAUUGUAUUCCCUGUGUCAUUCCUAUUGUUUAAUUCAAUAUAUUGGUGUUUUUAUGUAUUUUAAUGCCCACACUGAAAGUUUUCACUCAGAAGUGCAAUUAAUUUGCUAUUUUUAUGUCUGAAAGACUCAUUUCAUGUAUUUUUAAUUUUAUUUCGAUCACAUUUGGUAAAAGAAGAAAAAGUAAAGCAGUUGCAUAUAUGUGUGGGGAAAUAAAUGAUCUUUCACUUAUUUUCCAGCAGUGUAAUAAAGCAAGUCAUUUCAAACCGUGUAUUGUAUUUGAAUAAAUUUUGCUAGUUUUCAAUUUAUACAGUUUUCCAUUGUAAAAAAGAAAUAAAGAUUCAAAUACUUAAGAAUAUAAUAUAAGAUAAUACUUUUCAUCAUAUUUUUCUGUACUUGAAUCUCAGAGCACUAAGAGACGUAUCAACAAUUUCUUUGGCUACAAGUAUACGUAUGAAAAGGUGAGGAGUUGCAUAGUAGGAAAAGAGACAACUAUUUAUUUCAUAUAUAUUCUAUCAUAUAGUUAGUAUUAAAAAAAACUAAUGUAAGCUUAAGAAUAAUAAUUAUUGUAUUAUACUGCUGAAAUUUUUUAAUAUUCCAUUCUAAAAUUGUACUGUCAUGUUAAAUAGCACCAGGCUUAAGAAUUUAUUUCUUACAUAUGUUUUGGACAACUUUAUGUGUAUAAAUAUGUCAGUUUGCGGGAUAUAUUUUUGUGCAAAUCCACAUGCAACAUAUAAAAAGUAAAAUAUCAUCAAAAGAAAGUCUUUUAUUAUCAUACAGGUAACUUUUAAAUGCCUAUUUAUUAUACAGUAUGAUAGAUAAAGUUGUUAAAACUGUAAAUUCAGAACAGAUUAUUUUAGAUAUGGUCAGCACGGAGAAAUGUUUUUAAUCUUUUGGAAUGACAUAUAGUUCUGCACUUACUUAAAGUGGAGUAUGCAUAUCAUAGACAUCACAUAUUUAACUUUGUGUACUACUUAUAUACAUUCCCGCUGUAGUUAUAGGCAAAAGAUAACCGGCAAUGCCCUUUUCAAUUGCCCAAAUAUCUAGAUUUUUUAUGAAAUGAUAUUUGGGAUUAUUUAUUUAUAACAUUAUUCCAAACAUCGUUAAACAAUAAUGAGCAGUAAUCUUUUAUUAGUAAUAAAUUUUACCCUAGAAAUGAUAUCAAGCCUCAUUACACAAUAAUGAACGUUUUCUUUUUAAAAAAUAUGGCAUUCAUUUAAUAAAGUAAGCUUUCAGCAGAUAAUUUUUAUAAAUAACUAUGAUAUCAAACAUCAUUACACAAUAAUGAGGAUUUUUCUUAUUUAAAAGUAAGUCAUUCAUUUUAAUGAACAAAGCUUUUAGCAUGAAAAUUUAUAUAAAUAACUAUGUGACAUCAGAAAAUUUCCAGUGGUUUGACAAACCACAUUUUUUUUUGUUCUUUGGUGAUAUAUGAUCUAAGUCAUUGCAUAGUUAAGAAAACUUGUACUUACUGUUUGUUUACCGUUGAUAACUCAUCCCAUAUAAAAUUGUGACUUUGUUACUUAAUAUUGGGGGGGGGAGUAUUCUGCCUUGUAAAAAUUUAUAAAUGACUUUUCAAGUUGUCACUUCAGCUAGUAACAAUUCAUUUUGAUCAUUUACUUUGAAUUGAUUAGUUUUGUGUGUAUUUUAAAAUCUGGAAUAAAUAUAUAUUGAUCAAUA